AUGGAAAUCAAUACGGAGAGGUUCUACUCGAACCUUUUCCGUUCAUCAACUCCUGUGUCAAGCCCGAUCAUCCCCACUGGUGAAGCUCCACCACGGGUUCUCCCUUCGGAAGUACGAGUCGCUAUCAAGAGCAUGAAACCUGGCACAGCCCCCGGACCUGAUUUUAUAUCAGCAGACUUUCUUCGGGCUGGUGGCCAUCCGCUUCAUAUCAUCACGCGCAUAUCUAGGACGCUGGAUGAAGCCCAGCCUCAAGAACAAGCUGGAUUCCGCCAGGGGUUCAGCUGCUUUGAUCACAUCCAGACCGUGUCGAGGGUCAUAGAGGUUUGCCGGGAAUACCGUCUGCCUCUUGUUCUAAUCUUCGUCGACUAUGAGAAAGCCUUUGACAGCGUAGAAACGAAUGCAAUACUGUCAGCGCUGGUCGACCAAGGUGUGGACGCGUCGUAUGUGAGGACAUUAGCCAAUUGCUACGAACGAUGCACAACUAGGAUACAGCUUUUCCACCGCCCUCUCACCAUACCCAUUGGAAAGGGGGUACGACAAGGCGAUACUAUAUCGCCGAAGCUGUUCACGGCUGCAUUGCAAUGGAUAAUGAAAUCACUAUCCUGGGAAGAAAGGGGCAUACGUGUUGAUGGAAGAUUUCUCUCGAACCUCCGUUUCACGGACGACAUCGUUCUCUUUUCGAGCAGUACCAAUGAAGCAGAAACGAUGCUCAACGAAUUGAACGAAGCAGGGAAGAGAAUAGGACUACGAAUAAACAGAAAGAAGACACAGUUCAUGAAGAACGCCCACUGCGAGGACGGAGGAGUACAACUUGAAGGCUCCCAAAUCGUGGAAACUCCGUCAUACGUAUAUCUCAGACGUUCUAUGAACAUGGAAAACGACUUGAAGGAAGAACUGAAUAGAAGAAUGAGAGCAGCAUGGGCAGCAUUCGCAGCCGUCAGUGAAGCUACGGACCAAAUGACGGACCAAGAUCUUCGUGUCCAUCUGUUCAACUCGACAGUUCUUCCAGCGCUCUGUUACGCAGCGGAGACGUGGGCAGACACCGCUGCCACGUCUAGGAAGGGACGGGCCACGAUGUUACUCAACUACACUUUCUCUGUCGAGUACAUCAACACAAAGGAUUUCGGGCAAGGGGACGCUCUUUUACGUCUCGUCUCGUCACAAUCAUCUACAGUGGAGGAGACUACACAAAGCUCAUUCAUGCCAAAGCAGGACGAAAAUGCUUACAAGAAGUUUGGUCUAUUGGCCUACGAUGGUUUCCGACAUCGAAAAACUCGCCAAGAUCUGCCAAAGAUGUGCAUUCGUGGCAAAGGAUACGGUCCGACUACAGACGAUACUAUCUACUUAACGUGGAGGCCUACUCCAAGUGGUCGCAGUUCACAUCGUAUCAGUUCACUUCAUUCUGCCGUUCCCGAGGAAUCUUCCACAUUCGUACGCCGCCAUUCCAUCCACAAAGGAACGGACAAGGAGAACGCUUUGUGUAGACCUUCAAAAAAGGACUCGCCAGGUGAAGGAUGCCGACUGCAAACGGAACUCGAUCUAAUGUUACUGUCUAGAGAUCUCACAAACGGUGCACGAUAUGUCAAAAUGGAAUCUCAAUCCAAUCGUCGAAAUGGAGCACGACGCCGCAGCUUUAAGAUCAAUGACGCGAUUUUUGCCAAGGAUUAUCGAGUACGUAAACCUACUUGGACUCUGGACUUCAUCACACGCCACACAACCUACACUGUUCGCGCUGGAAACGAAGUAUGGACUCAGCACGCAAAACCAGUUGCGAUCCAGGACCGACACAACGGCGAAUAA